UCCCGCAAUCCUCUCUAAAUACUUGGGGCAUUAAAUUUCGUGUCAGCAGAAGGAAUCAAAAGUUGCCAAAACUGUAAUCUGUUAGAAAUAGUGAUUCUGUAGGGUGUUACAUUACAAGGGGGAAAGUUUGAAUGUGCUUUGAAAUGAAAGAAGAAUUAAGUUACGUUUCUGCCCAAAUGAAUUGGCAUCUUUAUGUGUAGGAGAAGCUAUAUCGGUAAAUAUUUAUUUUAAGAAUCAUGAUUAAGAAACACUUGGAAGUUUAUUAGGGAAGUAAAUGUUUUACAUGCAAGGACAGGAUCUGCAUGUAGCUUUGUGGUUCUGGGUGUCUUGCGAAGACUGUUUUAGGUGGCUGGCCAGAGGAAGAAAAUGCCCUAGUGAUUCUGGAGCCACAGUCACACUGCCAGUACCAUGUCUACUAUACAAAGAAAAGGCGGCAGCCACCUGUUGAACAGUUUGCACACCUGUAAUCUGAGGCUUUCGGAGGACCAGCGACAGCAAGAAAAAUCUGUCAUUGCUCAACCAAUAUUUGUUUUUGAAAAGAGAGAACAAACUUUUAAGAGACCUGCAGAAGACACCCUGUAUGAACCAGCAGAACAUGAAUGUAAUGGAUUUUCAAGAAAGCGCAUACGAUCUUCAUCUUUUACUUUGAAUACUACAGAUUCUCAGUCCCAAGGAGCAUCAACCUUGUCCCAGAAUCAAAUGAGAUCGUCUUCCUUCACUGACCUACUGACCUUCCCCCCCUCUGGGCCAGUGAAGAAAAACAAUGUUUUUAUGACAUCAAAUUUGGUGCCAAGAAAUGUUGGUAUGAACAGUGCAGAACCAGGCCCUGUGAAACAUCCUGAACAUGUUCUAAGACCUGCUAUUUUGCAGCCACCUCAAGCUCAAAGGUGUGAAAACAUAAGAAACACAUUUGAACACAGUGCAUUAGAAUCCUGCAAGACUAAAGAAAACACAAAAAAUAAGAUAUUGGAAGGUAACUCCUAUUUGCUAACAGAAAAUUUACGAAGUGCCAGAGUUUCAGUCCAGCUGUCUACUAACCAGAAUAUUUUAGGUGCUAUGUCAGUAGGAUGCCAACCAGAUGAAGAUCAGUAUUCUUCUAAAAGCUGUAGUUCUGAUUUCGUUUUUGGAGAAAACAUGGUAGAAAGAGUUUUGGGUACUCAAAAUUUCAUUCACCCUCAACUUGAAAAUGGUUCAUGCACUAAGGAAAAAGCAUUCAAAUCCACUCUAAAUCUCCCUAUCAACUCUCCAAAUGCAAGAACACAUUCUAUUAAAAAUAUAUCUCUAAUCGAAUCAGCUGCUGCUUUCUCUUCUAAACCAUCACCAAAAUGCUUGCUGGAGAAAACUGAUGUUAUAACAGGCGAGGAAGCAGAGCAUAAUGUGUUGAAGAUCAACUGCAAGCUUUUUAUAUUCAACAAAACAUCACAGUCCUGGAUUGAAAGAGGCAGAGGAACUUUGAGACUGAAUGACACAGCAAGCAGUGACUAUGGAACAUUCCAGUCAAGGCUAAGCCAGUGCCAAAGAUACAGGACGUCUGCAUGCAGCAAUACAUCAUCGGCUUGUUGCACUCCGACAGAAAGACGUGAACCAAGCAGGAAGUCAGUCAGAAACAAUCCUGCAACAGUUAAACGGUGAUAGCUGUGAUGAGGAUGAGGAUGAUUUCCUUCAGGUCACUAAAAAUAGAUCAGGUAAAUAAUCUGUCUUUUGUUAGGUCAGAGAUUUUAAAACGAAAGCUUCUGCACAAUCUUACCAUAUGAAAUAGAUUUUUGAAAAAUGGAACUGAUUUAUUUAAAGUGGGUGGGAAUUAGAGCUCUAGUUGUUUGAAUCUGAGGAGUGGGUUUGAAAAUCCCUUCCUUUUACAUGUGGCCUUCAUUGGGAUUUUACCAAAAGUCAGCCUUGCUGUCAUGCCUUAUAUAAUUUGCAUCUAAAUUUAAUAAGAGACCGUAUUUAAGAUGUAAGAUAUUACAUUGCUACACUGAAACUAACCAUUUAUUCAUAUUUCUCUUCGCUUGUUCUCAUUCUCCUAUUACAGGCUAUUAAUAGGAGAAAUUAUAAAAUACUUGUAAUAGAGUCACUGGGCAAAUCUAACUUGAAACUCUGAAAAUCUUUUUGGAAUUUGAGUGUUUUGUUUUCAAGGACCUUUUUUGCCUUAUUUCUUUUAUUGUGUCAGAAUUCAUGAAUUGCGCAAGGGUGAAGUGGAACCAGUAAUUAGCAGACUUGGGGGCUCAGUGCUUGCUGAUGAGUGGAUUUAAAACUAACAUACAUCAUUUUCAGAGAAAAACACUGUCAAGGAAAUAAUAAUUCCAGCUUUGUUAUAUAGAUGCAGCUAUUUUAAUAAAGUCAUCCAAGUAUUUUCAGUCAUAGUUUCAUGUAACCUUGAAUUCUGCUUCAUAGAGGGAGGACUGAGUAAUAAACUUACAAAGAUAAUGUGUUGGCAACCAUUUUUCCAAGUUUUAAUCAUGUUAAAUCUUAAAGCUACUGUAAUUACAUACAGUUUAAGAACCUAUCAAAGAGCAUGUGCAGAACUUGAUAAAAUAACUUCCUUUGCCUAAUACUGAAAAUGUAAUCAAGAGGAAGAAUGCAUAAAACAUGCAGAUGAGGAUCCUAAACUGCUUGACUAGAUGAGCCAGAGAGAUCAGUAAAUGUGCUUUUUCUUGCUACUAUUAAACAAAUGUUUUUUAUUCUUGGAAAUGUAUAAAUAAAUUCAUCUUUCAUAUUAUUCUAAUGUUAUAUGGUCAACAAUAAAAUGGGGUCUAUUAGAAAAUGAGUUUUUAUCAAUUGAAAAUGUUAAGAAUUAAAUGGCAAAAUUCUCUCAAUAACACAUUUAUGAAAUCUAUAUUCUAUUAUACUCCAUUUUAGGAAAGGAUAAUACGCAACUAUCUUUAUACAAACUGAGAAACUAUGGCAAUAAUGCAAAGCAAAUGUCAAUCAUAUGAAUCUCACCUUCUCCUGCCAUUUCCCCCCCCUUUUCACUUAGCACCUUCUCUAGGAGGUGCUGCACAUGAAUGUUAAGAUGUUAUGGAAGCAGUAAAAAAUCUGAUUUUUAGAUUUUGUUACUCCCGAGUUAAGGAAGGGUUUAAUUAUCCAAAAACGUCAUGUUUAAAAUUAGCAACAUUUCUAAAUGUUACUUUUAAAGAUAUUUCAUUUCCUCAUUAGUAAUCAUACUCAUCAAUAUUCGUGUUCAGUUGUAUUUGAUAUUAAAUUUAACCUGAAUAACAC